UCUGAGCAACAGACAGGCUGAUAAGAAGUUUGCAGCUAGCCCUGCCACUGCCUGCAACAUGAAGGACGAGGUGGCUCUCCUGGCUGCUGUCACCCUCCUGGGAGUCCUGCUACAAGCCUACUUCUCUCUGCAGGUGAUCUCUGCGCGCCGGGCCUUCCACGUGUCGCCGCCCCUCACCACCGGCCCCCCGGAGUUUGAACGUGUCUUUCGAGCCCAGGUGAACUGCAGCGAGUACUUCCCGCUGUUCCUCGCCAUGCUCUGGGUCGCCGGCAUCUUCUUCCAUGAAGGCGCUGCGGCCCUGUGCGGUGUGGUCUACCUGUUCAUGCGUCUCCGCUACUUCCAGGGCUACGCGCGCUCACCGCAGCUCAGGUUGGCCCCGCUGUACGCAAGCGCGCGCGCGCUCUGGCUGCUUGUGGCGAUGGCUGCGCUGGGCCUGCUGGUCCAUUUCCUCCCCGUGGCGCUGCGUGCUGCGCUCCUCACACGACUCCGGGAGCUGUGGCCGAUAGCCUGAGAUACACGGCAAGGCCGAGAAGAACGGGAGCACAAAGGAAGGGCACCCACCUCCGCAUCACCGUCUCAAAUUAAAGUUCCCGCGACUGGCCCUAGCCUCGUUCUGUGGGU